GGGACCUACCAGAGUUGUGAGAGGGAGUGGAAAAGAUCGAGCAGGACUAAAAAAGCAUCUGAAUGAGUUAAAGAGAGCGUACAUAGAAAAAAAUUCAUGUAGGGAGAAAUCCAAGGAGUUAUCAAAAUAUACUUUUUUUCAUGGAAGGAGAUAGACUUGGACAUUGUUCUCAUGAAGAUUAUGGGAAUCCAACAGCCCCCUGUCUCAUUGAACUAUUCUGAAACCCUGAACAAUAAGACUACCUCCACUAUUUAUACAGAGCUACAAACGGUGCUGCUUGGAUUAACUAUGUCCCUACUGGUGCUGGCUAUUGUCCUUGGCAACAUGCUAGUGAUCACAGCCAUUGCACGGUUCCAGAGGCUCCAGAAUGUCACUAACUGCUUUAUCAUGUCCUUAGCCUGUGCUGACUUGGUCAUGGGACUGGUGGUGGUACCCUUUGGGGCUGCCUACAUCAUCCUCAAUACGUGGCAUUUCGGAAGGUUCUGGUGUGAGUUCUGGACAGCCACUGAUGUGCUUUGUGUAACAGCUAGCAUUGAGACUCUUUGUGUCAUUGCCCUGGAUCGCUACAUUGCCAUCACCUCUCCAUUCCGGUACCAUUCCAUGCUGACCAAAUGCAAAGCUUGUAUUGUGGUUCUGGUUGUGUGGAUCAUUGGUGGCCUGAUCUCCUAUUUGCCCAUACAUUUGAAGUGGUGGAUUUCCGGCACUAAAGAAGCCAUUCAAUGCAUGAAUAACACCCUUUGUUGUGAGUUUCACACCAACCAAAGCUAUGCGAUUAUCUCUUCUAUCAUCUCAUUCUACAUCCCUUUGGUGAUCAUGGUGUUUGUCUACAGUCGUGUCUUUCAAGAGGCUCGGAAACAGCUGAAAAAAAUAGUCAAGAGUGAAGGCCGUUUCCAUCAAAGUGAAGCUAAGCAAGAAUUCAAUGACACAGGAGUCGGGAGAGAAACUAGGGCCUUCAGAAAGUCUAGGUUGUGCCUGAAGGAGCACAAAGCUCUUAAAACCCUUGGCAUUAUUAUGGGCAUUUUUACACUGUGUUGGCUUCCUUUUUUUGUCCUUAAUGUGGUGGUGAGUGUUCUGGAAGUGGACAACAUCAAUGUACCAUUUAGAAUAUUAAACUGGAUUGGGUAUGCAAACUCAGCCUUUAACCCACUAAUCUACUGCAGGAGUCCAGAGUUCCGAUAUGCCUUUAGGCAGAUCCUGUGCAUGAAGAGUUCUCAUUAUCCCAACCUGCGACCAUCCAGUGGGUACAAAUAUAGUGGACAGAGCUGGCAGAGUGAGCACCAAGGAAGGAGUAAGUGUAGCUCAGAGAACAGUGACCCAGUUGGAGGAGAGAAAGAGGAUAGAUAGAUAGAUAGAUAGAUAGAUAGAUAGAUAGAUAGAUAGAUAGAUAGAUAGAUAGAUAGAUAGAUAUUUGAAAGUUUUUUUUCUACUACUGUCUACCUCGCUGUGCAUCUCACUUGAAAUGUGAAAUGUGAAGAAAUGUGAAAAACAAGGCUAAUUCAUAACUAAUACUAAUAAUUAUAAUUUGUUUAGCAGGACAUUUACAAAUGAUUUUCUUAUAAAUUUUUCUGAUGUUAUUUAGUCACGGGGUAAUUGCAAUUACACAGUCCCUUUUUAUUUCAGAUAAACACAUAACACUUCGACAGUUCACUUUUUCUUUAUGUCAUUUUUAAAUUAACAUUUAUUUCAAAAGGGACCAUGUACAAUGUUAACAAAAAUCCUUCCAUUUCAUUGUACCCAAUGGUUUAUAGCUAUACAGUUGCUCCAGCACCCACAAAAAGUUCAUAUUACAUUUAAACCUAAAUAACAGGUUGUCUAAUAAUUUAUAACCUUCAACAAUUAAUUAUGCAAAAGCAGUGUCAAUUCCUGUAUAGAUGAUCUGAUCUAUAAGUGAAUGUUUUCAAAUUAAAGCCAACUUUAACCUCAUAGUAAGAUCUAAAACAAAACAACAAAACUGUCACUGUUUAAUUAGUUGGACAGUACUGUAUGUAUUGUUCCUAGUUAGUACUACAUGAAACAGAUAUGACAGCUGAGGCACUGAUAAUGGUGAUAAUGGAUAUUUAAUGCAUGCCUGACAGGGCAUGUUCAACUGAGAAAAGAGAGAGAGAGA